AUGUGCACCUCUGUUUUUAUACGAGCACUUUUAUCACACAUAGUUUUCAGAGCCGCGUUUUUUCGUGGUUCCGUUACAUUUUCCCUCGCCUGUUACUUCAUGUCAUUAUCUGUACGUUGUUCUGUGGUAGUUGAAGAACUAGCUGCUGAUAAAUGUACUGUCAGUCGGCGUAUUACACUUCGUGAAUCUCAAAUAUCAGCUGUCCGAGAUGAUUUACAACAAAUUCUUAUUCGUAUAACACCUUUAGAAAACUCUGGCAGUAAACAAAUGAUCAAAAAAAGUUUAGGCUAUCCUGUCAUUGAAAUGAAUCUUUAUAAGAAUUUUUUAUCUCAAGGCAAGGCUACUAUAUGUUUACCAGCUCAUUCUGUAAGGAUUAUGAUUAGUAAUUGUCCACCGGAUAAACUGCGUUUCUUUCUUGGUACUCUUCGUACAAAAUUCAAUGAACAGUGA